GGUUGGAAACGAAACAUGAACUGCCUCUUGACCUGAUAUUUCCGUUUUUAAAGCAAGCUAACAUUGAAGUUGGUACAGUUUGAUUGUAACGUUACAGCUAAUCUGACCAUGCAGUCCCCGGCAAUUAAUAUCGCCUUAUUUUCAUUUUUACCCAUUUUCCUCGUGUCUCAACUUGGGAAAGUUGCUGCCGAAGGGAAUGGGAAAGGGUUUGGGGAUCACAUCAACUGGCGUUCUUUGGAAGAUGGGAAGAAAGAGGCAGAAGCAAGUGGGCUACCCCUCAUGGUCAUCAUCCAUAAGACUUGGUGUGGCGCCUGUAAAUCCUUGAAGCCAAAGUUUGCUGAGUCAAAGGAGAUCUCGGAGCUUGCCCACAACUUUGUGAUGGUGAACCUUGAAGAUGAAGAGGAGCCUAAAGAUGAGCAGUUCAGCCCAGAUGGUGGCUAUAUUCCCAGAAUUCUUUUCCUUGAUCCUAGUGGCAAAGUUCGCAGUGAGAUAACUAAUAAAAAUGGAAACCCGAACUACAAGUAUUUCUACAGCAAUGCAGACCAAGUUUUGUCUGGGAUGAAGGAGGCUCAGGAGAAGCUCACCGGGGAUGCGUUCAGGAAGCAGCACGUCGGGGAUGAGCUGUAAGCCACGAGGAAAUAUGCAGACAUCCAAGAGGGUAUAUUUCACUACACCGCACACACCAUCUCAACCACCAUCUCCACUACUAACAAUCCUGUCAAAACUUUGGCUACUGCUAUCGUUCAUCCAUGAGCAUUGUGGUCCGUUCACCUGUUUGGCCCUUGAGGAGCGCAACAGAUGAAUCGGUUAGACAAUGUUUUUGCUGGUGUGCAUUGCAUUUCGAGAACCAAAGUUCUGUCUGCUGAUAUCAUCAGGUGCUAUGUACUCCGUUUGUUUGUUUUUAUCUGGAAAUGUCAGGAAAUGCAAUGUACUAAGGAAGGUCAAGCCCCAUAUGUGUACUGUAACGUUAUAGAGAAUUUGAAAUGUGUACAAAUGAAGUAAUAUACCAUCCCUUUAUCGGUGGAUGUGUCUGUCCAUGUCGAACAAUGUGCUGUCAAAAGAGCCAUAGGUACUUAAUAAUUAUAUAACACUACUGUGCAAAAAGCAAUGGCACAUAUUAUGCUUAUGGGCAUCGAGUUCAUUUAAUGUCUUUUAUUCCUGCCAAACGAAUGGGCUAUAAUCCUUAAAUGAUAUAAUGGCCUUGGUUUUGUAGACUAGUUUUUAUCUUUGGAAAUAUGAAUUGGCCUAUAGUGCAUACUGACUUCAGGUAUGUUAUUAUGGACUGAUCUGUGUGAUGAGACUUUUACCAUACUGUAUUUUCUACAUGUAUGUUCAGCCAAGUUGAAGAAUAAACUAAAUUGUUUUAUACCAA